GACAACGAUGACGAAGAACUUGAGAAGUAUCGUAUCACCCCAGUAAACCUCGUAGAAUUCGAGUCUUGCCACGGCCGAAAGCGAAUCUUCACCCGUGCCCUCCUCGAACAAAUCGUGCAGAAGAAAUGGCAGACCCUCGAAGAGCUUGCCAAACCAGCCGAGAAAAUGUGCCUCAGCCCCAUUAGCCACGAAUCUCCCUACACUGGCGAUGCCUGGAAUAUCUGGAUGCCGCAGCCGGGAGAUAAAGCAGACACCAUAGGCAUCGAGUAUCUAACACGUGUGGAACUGCAUCCAGACCACCACGGGCUGGCUCAUCCCUCUCCCAGGGUCGAAAAGCUGCGUGAAUAUAACACUGGUAAGAUGAAAAUGAAGGAUCAAUGGAUACCUGUCCCUUUCGUCUUCGAAGCAUACGAGCGCCUGCCCUGUACAGUCCACGAGAACCAGGUAUUGAUGCAGAAAUGGCAUGCUCACCUGAAGCGCACACAAGAGCUCUGGCGCGCUAGUCAUGCAUACGCUGACGUUAAACAGGUCUUUCAAGCCGCGGCGAAGCUGGCAGUGCCGAUCAAACGCAUUGUAUGCUUCGGACUGGGAAAGCUGAACACGCGGCCGGAGUUCUACGAAAGCGCGCUGCAGCAUAUGACUGCGUUCGAUAUCGCAUCUAUUCUAGAUGGAGUUUAUCACGCAGCUGAUCCGUCCAUCCCUGACAUCGAGGUAUUCGUUCAGGACCCGUGUUACACCCAGAAAGACCAAGUUCUACUUCGGACCCUAUGUCCGCGUGUUCGCUUUGUCGAAGACCCAUACGGCCUUCUUGCCAUUGAUGAGCACACACUAGUGAUCGCUGCGUAUCUCCCGCACUUCUUCCCGCUCUUGCAGAUCGUCGCGGACAUGCUUCCCCUAGGGUUCGGCCCUGCUGGGUUUAUCAUCGAUGACAUAUAUCUGAGCGAUAGCCAGCAAUGGUAUGCGUACUGCAAUCGGCCGUCACCUAAUGUGCUGAGGAUGCUGAAGGAUUAUCGGCCUUGGAUGAGGGGUUUCGAUGGGAAGCUUCUCGGGGCGGAGUUGAGGCGGAAUGUUUAUGGCAAUCGCAAUGGCAAGCGGUAUUGGUUGGAGGCUAUGCGUGUUUGGAUUCGGCCGAGAAGUGGGAAAUAG